GGAGAAUCUGUUCCACACUUACACACACACACACACACACACACACACACACACACACACACACACAUAUAAGCUCUCGUCAUUUGUUUUGGUUUCCUGGCUCCCCAGCUGCUCUGACCCUUCCCUCCCCUCUUUCUCUCUUUCUCUGCUCUCCCUGGUCCAUUUCAGUCCUCUGCUCUCCUCCCUGUGGUUGUGAGUGUGUUUUUGGGUGAGCGAUGUGUUGUUCAGUGGGUUUUGCCAGGUCUCUGGGCCUGGCCCUGCUGCCUCUGGCCCUCUGCUGUAUCCUGGCCAACCUGCUGCUGCUGUUUCCUAUGGGAGAAAUCACCUACAUGCAGCAGGACCGCCUGGCCAGCUACAUCUGGUACUUUGGUGGACUAGGAGGAGGGGGACUGAUGAUGCUGAUUCCAGCUGUGGUCUUCAUCACUCUGGGGAAAUGUAGCUGCUGCUGGAAUGACAGCUUGAUGAUGUGCGGAUCAGUGUUGGCAGCUGUGGUGGGCCUGGUGGGGUCUGGCUACUGUUUCGUCGUAUCAGGAUUCGCCUUGGUGCAGGGACCUCAGUGCUUCACCUCUUUCGGAUGGUCUCACCCCUUUGCAGACCAUGGGGGCAGGUAUCUCCUACAACCAGAGAGUUGGUCGCAGUGUCUUCAGCCGGUUCAUAUCGUAGAGUGGAACGUGACUCUGCUGUGUGUGUUGCUGGGUCUGGCUGUGCUGGAGUUCAUCAUCUGUCUCUUGCAGCUGGGAAACGGUUUAGUCAACGCCGUCUGCCGACCCUGUUGCUAUAAGCAGGAGUAUAGUCUUAAUGCUUAGACAAACACACACACACACACACCCACACGUGUAUGUAGAUGCAUCUGCAGAGACACAAGAGCAUGUGUACACAUCAAAAAAUGUACACACUCAACAAGUAUGCACACACACAAGUCAUUUAUGGACACACACAAACGACUCAUUGCCCGGCAUUGUGUGUGUGUGUGUGUGUGUGUGUGUGUGUGUGUGUGUGUGUGUGUGUGUGUGUGUGUGUCUGUGAGUACAACACAACCUCUCUACUUACACACUUACAUAAUGUAUACAGUAUCAUGGACACCUGACAGCCAUGUAAGUGCAACCACUAUAUUUUCAAGCUUUUAUUUUGCCCUGUUAAAGGGGCAAAAAUGACUCUGCAGUCAUUGAGGAUGAUGAGUUUUUUAUUUUUAUUUUUCAAAGACAACAGGUAUUCAGUCCAUAAUAAUAUGGAUGUGUGUGUGCGUGACCUGAUUACUCACAAAGAGGAUGCAACUUACUUUGUACUCGGUGAAAGGAGGUUAAGAAGACCAACAUGUAUAAAUAAUAAAGACAAAGAACCCUUGAUAUUAAUAAUAGUAUUAUUAGCCAUACAGGAUAGUAAGUUUCAGUGAAGUAUUUGCCAGCAGUGUGUGAAAGAAAGAAAACUGCAACUUAAAUGUGCCUUAUUUGUUUUUUAAUGUCAAGGUUCCUCACUUAUUAUUAUUUGUGUACUUUGUAUACCUUCAUAAACUCAACAGCUACCCUACCAUGUGUAUUGUAUAAACAAAUAAUACAACAGUUCAAAUCAUUGUCAUUACACUAGUAUGCUUAGUGGAACAUGGCAGCCAUGUAUUGUUUGAUAAUGUUGGAAAUUAAGUUCUUGUGGAAAUCUCAUUAUUGAUGGUGUCUUUGCAAGAAGAGAUUUCCAUUAUUUUAGUCUGUCAUCAGCAUCUCGGCUGACAUGAUUAUCUGAUGCACCAGGAAGUGCCCAUCUGUCCUUUUCCUGUGCUUCCAUCAUUUACACACUGUGUUGGAUCACUAAUUGAUUACAACAACGCUUAAGUGUUGGAUCAUUUCAGGAUUAGGAGCAGAUUUGUGUGUCUAUUUGUAUAUUUGUUGUCAUUUUCAGAGCAUUUUGUUGUAAAUUGUUUUCUUUACAUCUUUUGGAUGCUAGAUCAGUGUUAAUGGACAUUUUAUAUAUAUUUUAGUGACAUAUUUUUAUAAUGUUUGUUUGUUUUUGCUGCCUUGAAUAAAAAAAAAUAACUAUUUCCA